AUGAAUGAAGAAAAUAUAGAUGGAACAAAUGGAUGUGGUAAAGUUCGAACUGGCACUCAGAAUGAAGCAGCAUUACUUGCUUUGAUGGAAAAGACAGGUUACAAUAUGGUUCAAGAAAAUGGGCAAAGGAAAUUUGGUGGUCCUCCUCCAGGUUGGGAAGGUCCACCUCCACCUAGAGGCUGUGAAGUUUUUGUAGGAAAAAUACCUCGUGAUAUGUAUGAAGAUGAGUUAGUUCCUGUAUUUGAAAGAGCUGGAAAGAUAUAUGAGUUUCGACUUAUGAUGGAAUUUAGUGGCGAAAAUCGAGGUUAUGCUUUUGUGAUGUACACUACAAAAGAAGAAGCCCAGUUAGCCAUCAGAAUUCUUAAUAAUUAUGAGAUUCGACCAGGGAAGUUUAUUGGUGUGUGUGUAAGCUUGGAUAAUUGCAGAUUAUUUAUUGGAGCUAUUCCCAAGGAAAAGAAGAAAGAAGAAAUUUUAGAUGAAAUGAAGAAAGUUACAGAAGGAGUUGUAGAUGUCAUUGUUUAUCCAAGUGCAACUGAUAAGACCAAAAAUCGUGGUUUUGCAUUUGUUGAAUAUGAAUCUCACAGAGCUGCUGCUAUGGCUAGGAGAAAACUAAUUCCAGGAACAUUCCAACUAUGGGGCCAUACCAUACAGGUAGAUUGGGCUGAUCCAGAGAAAGAAGUUGAUGAGGAAACCAUGCAGAGAGUUAAAGUUCUCUAUGUAAGAAAUUUGAUGAUCUCAACUACAGAGGAAACAAUUAAAGCAGAAUUCAAUAAAUUCAAGCCUGGUGCAGUUGAACGAGUAAAGAAACUUAGAGACUAUGCUUUUGUUCACUUUUUUAAUCGGGAAGAUGCAGUGGCUGCUAUGUCUGUUAUGAAUGGAAAAUGCAUUGAUGGAGCAAGUAUUGAGGUAACACUGGCAAAACCAGUAAAUAAAGAAAACACUUGGCGACAGCAUCUUAAUGGUCAGAUUAGUCCCAACUCCGAAAAUCUGAUUGUGUAUGCUAACAAAGAAGAGAGCCACCCAAAAACUCUAGGCAAGCCACCAACUCUUCCUGCUCGUCUUAAUGGUCAACAUAGUCCAAGCCCCCCUGAAAUUGAGAGAUGCACCUACCCUUUUUUUCCUGGAACAAAGCUUACUCCAAUUAGUAUGUAUUCUUUAAAAUCCAAUCAUUUUAAUUCUGCAGUAAUGCAUUUGGAUUAUUACUGCAACAAGAAUAAUUGGGCACCACCAGAAUAUUAUUUAUAUUCAACAACCAGUCAGGAUGGGAAAGUACUCUUGGUAUAUAAAAUAGUUAUUCCUGCUAUUGCAAAUGGAUCCCAGAGUUACUUCAUGCCAGACAAACUCUGUACUACGUUAGAAGAUGCGAAGGAACUGGCAGCCCAGUUUACAUUACUUCAUUUGGACUACAAUUUCCGUCGCAGCUCAAUAAAUAGUCUUUCCCCUGUUAGUGCUACCCUCUCUUCUGGGACUCCCAGCGUGCUUCCUUAUACUUCAAGGCCUUAUUCUUAUCCAAGUUAUCCCUUGUCACCAACAAUAUCUCUUGCUAAUGGCAGCCAUGUUGGACAACGACUAUAUAUCUCCAAUCAGGCCUCAUUCUUCUGA